AUGGAUCGGCAGGGCACAGCACUACUGCAGCAUCUGCAACAGCAGCAGCUGCGGAUGCAGCAGGAGCAGCAGCUGCAGCACCAGUUGCAGCAGCGGGAUCCGGCGAUCCCCGACCCCACACUGCAGCCAGACCUCCCAGAGUUUUGCAGCGAGGAGGAGAGACAGAGAGCAAUAGGUGCUGCUUUAGCUGCAGCAGCAGAAGCACUGCAGCAGGAUAGUCAAGAUGGAGACGAUGAGGAAUCAGAAGCAACAGCAGCAGCAAUAGCAGCAGUAGAAGCAGGGUCCCCAGAUAUAGAAGGAGUUAGCGCCGCGGGUUGCUGCUUCCUGUGCAGCAGCAGCAGCAGCAGCAGCAGCAGCAGCAGCAGCAGCAGUGAUGGUGAGCCUUCUGGUAGAGUAUCUCUUGUGUCUUUAGAAGACAAAGAAGGAGGCGAAGAGGGAGAAAAGAAGCUGCUUAUAACAGAAGAAGCUGUACAGCGCUUAAGUAGUCAUAAGCUUAAUGAGGCUUAA